AUGCUUUUUCUUCUGUUCCUCUGCCUGACGAUUUUUCGGACAUCGAAUCUUGGCUUCUUGAAGACAAUAAUGAAUCUAUCUAUCUAUCUAUCUAUCUAUCUAUCUAUCUAUCUGCAGAGAUGCUACAUCGACACUGUUUAUCUCUCUUUCUACGAAACGUUACAAGUCUGUUGCUAUUUCCGUUCCGUCUAUCUAUCUCAUUUUGUUCAUUAUCUAUCUAUCUAUCUAUCUAUCUAUCUAUCUAUCUAUCUCAUUUAUCUUCUAUUAUCUAUCUAUUCAUAUCUAUCUAUCUAUCUAUAUAUCUAUUUUGUUCAUUAUCUAUCUAUCUAUCUAUCUAUCUAUCUAUCUCAUUUUGUUCAUUAUCUAUCUAUCUCUAUCUUUAUCUAUCUAUUAUCUAUCUAUUCUAUCUAUCUAUCUCUAUCUAUCUAUCUAUCUAUCUAUCUAUCUAUCUAUCACUUGAAUUUACGGAGAUCUAUUUCAAUAUAUCGAUAUCUAUCUAUCUAUCUAUCUAUCUAUCUAUCUAUCAAAAUAAAUCAAUAUAUUUGCUCUUCUUAUUUCAUCUAUCUUUUCAUAUAUGGAUAUUUUUUAUAUAUCUAUCUAUCUAUCUCAUAUCUAUCUCAUCUAUCUAUUCAUCUAUUGUAUCUAUCUAUCUAUCAAUAUCUAUCUCAUCCUGUUGAGAAGACGUCUAUCUAUCUAUCUAUCUAUCAAAACUAUCUAUCUAUCUAUCUAUCCAUUAUCUAUCUAUCUCAUCCUGUUCGUCAUCUAUCUAUCUAUCUAUCUAUCUAUCUAUCUAUCUAUCUAUCUAUCUAUCUAUCUAUCUCAUUCUGUUCACUAUCUAUCUAUCUAUCUAUCUAUCUAUCUAUCUAUCUAUCUAUCUAUCUAUCUAUCUAUCUAUCUCAUCCUGUUCGUUAUCUAUCUAUCUAUCUAUCUAUCUAUCUAUCUAUCUAUCUAUCUAUCUAUCUAUGUCAUCCUUGUAUGUGUCAGGAUAUCGGCAACGCCAUGACAGAAUGUGCCAACAUAUUCACAGGUACACACACACAUAUCUAUCUAUCUAUCUAUCUAUCUAUCUAUCUAUAUUAUCCCGAAGAUAUAAUUAUGUGCAGAAGAAAUCCAGCGACCUCCAAUAAUGCUGAGAGCCUGCUCCUGCAGAACCAUUCCCUUACUAUUGAUAUCUAUCUCUAUCUAUCUAUCUGUCUAUCUAUUCUCUUAAUAUCUGUCUAUGUCUCGAUGUAUCUGUCCUACUUUCUUAAUACCUAUCUAUCUAUCUAUCUAUCUAUCUAUCUAUCUAUCUAUCUAUCUAUCUAUUCCAUUCUCUUAAUAUCUAUGUGUCGAUGUAUCUGUCCUACUCUCUUAAUAUCUAUCUAUCUAUCUAUCUAUCUAUCUAUCUAUCUAUUUAUGCAAUUUGGCUUAUGCAUGAAAUUAAUAUGCAAAAUAAACACCUGGUUGUUGGUCAUUCAAGUACAUUGCUUAAAGGAUGAUGCCUUACGAAAAUAG